AGAAGAAUAUCAAAGUUAGCCUUGAGUGAAAGUUGACAUUCAAUUUGCCAGCCAUGAUGGACGCAUCCACUCAAAAUUUCAGUGAACCCGAGUUGUUCGAGGAUAAAUCAACAGAAGUGGUGGUCUAUCCGGAUUUGUUCCCCGAUGAACCGCCAUCGUUGGAAGCCGAAAUCAAACGUGGAUUAAAGGAGCUCAAGAAAAAACGGCAACAAGUGUCGAAGGACAAACGGAAGGCGAAGAAGGCAGCGAAUAAGGAUGCCCCAAAGGUGACCAAAAUCAUCUUUCCUGCGCCUGAAAGAUUUCUUGGGUGCCGACACAAUGACACCAUUAUCAUCGACCGAGAGAUUCUGCGACCCAACGAGCAUCUUCGACUUUUGGCGACGCCUCGAGUUAAGCAAAAACCACAGUACGUACGCUUUGUUCAGAAAGUAUUACCACCACCUACCAACCACAUAAAAACUCUUGCACAACCUAAAGCAAACUACGUAAAGGAUACAAUAAAUCUACAUUCAAAACACCUCAAACCACAGCAGAUCGAAAGGAUGAACGAACGACUGAACGCGCGAGAUUACCUCACCAUAGCCGAGUCACGCCAGUUUGCCCGCCAACAGAAAAAGGAUGAACUGCGUUGGUUACGUCACCGGAAGCAUCAAGAGCGUAUCCUGAAGAAGAAAAUAGUGCGUUUGGAGCUUGACUACCUUCGCGACAUUAUGGAGAAGGUGUAUCGGCGAACCAGAAACUACUUCUUAGGCGACGAAGAACUUACACUGGAAGGAGAGCUAGCGAUUGCCUCCGAAGUGAUACUAACAAGGCUUUGCGACCUUAUUAGUGUUGACGUCCCGCUACGGGAUGGAGCGAAUGUGUUGGAUAAAUAUUACUGCCAGCUGGGCGAUAAGGCAGCCAUGUGGAUGUGGAAGAUCAUGCAAUCAUCUGGAGUGACUUUCGAACGCCCUGAAGAUGUUGUCAAACGACUAUCGGCAGCCUCAAGCCUUUUCGAGGAUCCUACCAAAAUGGAUCAGGAAAAUAUUAAGGAGGAAACAGAAGCUGAUGAAGAAUUUGAAGUUGAUGACUCAACACGAGGCAUAGUGAUGGACAUGUUGGAAGUCAGCAUAGAUAGAGCUUUUUAUUAUAUGGAAAAUAACAAUGGCACAGAAGAAAAUGGUUUUGCUACACUUAGUGUGUCCCAAACAGCAAUAAGAGCUGCCCCUAGUGAGGAGACUACAAAAACUGAGCGAGAAAAGGGAUCCAAAGUUAAUUUCAUGCCACUCAUGCCACGAACUUCGUCGAUUGCAGUAGAAAAUGAUAAGGUAAAUGAGGGAUUGAAAGACGAAUAAAUGCUUCGAUAAAACUU